AUGCUCCCAGCUCUAUUCCACCAGGUCUGGAAACCCAAGUUUGAGUCCUACAUGCUGCUCAUACUCUCACCUGAGCAGCACCUGACUUACGUCCAUACUUACCCCGGCCUGGGGGGCCGUAUUGAUACUGAAGUAUCCCAGGAAUCUACCCCGACACUUCCAUGCUCAGUUAGCUUUGAAUCUCGUAUUCAACUAGGAAAGCUCGCAGUGCCACUCCCUGAAAAUCAAGGGCUGAAGGAUAUCGUUGAUCAACUUAAAGAGUGUUGUCAAAAGGCGCGCGAAGGCAGCGUUGACCAUUCAGAAGGUAACACUCUCUUGUCCGAUAAGACUAAAUUACAACAAGUGCUUGAUCGGUGCGAGCAAACACUCAGAAAAUGUUUCAUUAUACUCAAGGAAAGGGAAACCGCCCCUGAGACUACAGCGAAAUUUUAUACAGUCGACCUCGUGCGAAUAUCAAAACCUGAAAAGGGAACGAUUAUGGAUCUUCGUAUGAAAAGUAUUUCGGUGAAGGAGAAAAAUGUUGCGGACAACCUGUGA